AUGGUGGCACUUGUGUACGUGGUUGCUUUUCGUAGUGCGCCUGUCUCUGGUAAGCAGCAGGGCAAUCAUUCAUUUCUUGGUCCGCACUCGAGCAAGUCAUUUGUUGGCACAAACGAGAGCUGGAUUCUUUGGUACGGUACAGGAUAUGUUUCCGGCAUUCUAGCGCGCGACGACGUGUCAAUCAUGGCUUUGAAACUUGAAGUACACGAGUUUGGCGUUGCACAAAACGAAAGUGCGGAUUUCUCCGCGUACGAGCGUGUGCUUCAUCUUUUUACCCUUUCGCCUUCGUUUCAUGUUUCAGAGACAGCGGCACAGACACGGCCUCCCGUCAAAAAAACACCAAAUGUAGUCGAAGCGCUCAAUAAAACCGGUCAGAUAAAAGAUGCAGUGGUGUCAUUCAACAUGCUGCCGACGGAAAGGAUGAUGGAACCGGAUCGACGCUUAUUCUUGCGAACCCAAGCUUCGAUACAUCAACGAAUUCCCGGGUCGCGAUUGGACCAAGGCUCGUGGAUCAUUCCAUACGAGACUAGUGCCACAGUCUCUUUCGUUAUUGGUGGCAGGGAGUUUGCCGUGCAUUAUUGA